AGUUCUUACUAUGAAGACAACGUGGUUUGAUAAUGUAUAUUGUGUAUUAUGAGCACUAGAGGCGCUGUACUCCUCUGAGCUUCAGUUCAAGCUUCAGUUAAAAUGGUUUAACCAGCAGAGCUACAUCUGCAUCCACAAGGAUCGCGGAGUUUGUGGCUGGAUGAACCAAAGUCAAUGACACCGACGGUGAAGAAAACGUCUGAGGAAAUGGAUGUAAUGAAUGUAAAUGGUCAUUCUGAUCAUCGUAAAGAAUCGAAUGGCUUCAGAGACAAAGACUGCAGAAAUGGUUCAGAGACAGAGGACGAACCUUUGCUCCGGGAAAACCUCCGGCGGUUUGUCAUCUUCCCCGUGCAGUACCCCGACAUCUGGAAGAUGUACAAGCAGGCCCAGGCCUCUUUCUGGACGGUGGAGGAGGUGGAUCUGUCCAAAGACUUGGCACACUGGGAACGCUUGAAGUCGGAGGAGAAGCACUUCAUCUCGCACAUCUUAGCCUUCUUCGCAGCAAGCGACGGCAUCGUCAACGAGAACCUGGUGCAGAGGUUCUGCCAGGAAGUACAAGUCCCCGAAGCGCGCUCCUUCUACAGCUUCCAGAUCCUUAUAGAGACGGUUCAUUCAGAGAUGUACAGCAUGCUCAUCAACACGUACAUCAGGGACCUGAAGCAGAGGGACUACUUAUUUAACGCCAUUCAGACUAUGCCUUGUGUGAGACGAAAAGCAGACUGGGCACUCCAGUGGAUAAACGACAGCAAAUCCACGUUUGGGGAACGAAUUGUGGCUUUUGCAGCAGUGGAGGGCAUCUUCUUCUCCGGCUCAUUCGCCUCCAUCUAUUGGCUCAAGAAGAGGGGACUUAUGCCAGGCCUCACCUACUCCAACGAGCUGAUUAGCAGGGAUGAGGGCCUGCACUGUAACUUCGCCUGCCUGCUGUACAGCUACCUGGUGAAGAAGCCAUCGGAGGACCGGGUCAAGGACAUCAUCACCAAAGCUGUUAGCAUUGAGCAGGAGUUUCUGACAGAAGCCUUGCCAGUGGAUCUCAUAGGAAUGAACUGUUGUCUGAUGAAGCAGUACAUCGAGUUUGUUGCUGACCGGCUUCUCGCCGACCUCGGACUGACCAAGGUUUACAACGUUGAAAAUCCAUUUGACUUCAUGGAGUCCAUUUCACUAGAGGGGAAAACAAACUUCUUCGAGAAGCGAGUAGCAGAGUACCAGAGAUUUGGAGUGAUGUCGAGCACAAUGGACUGUGAAUUCACUCUGGAUGCAGACUUCUGAAAACUGAAACGACAUCCUGUUCCAUUAUUUGUUACAUUCAACGUUUUUAUUUAAUUUGUUUACACAAGCGGUCUACGAACAGUAUAGAGUCUUGUUACAGUACCACAAUGAGUUGGUGGUCUACAGGUUAAAGGUUAAAGUAUUGUUCCAGCAGAUAUACAGGUACAACUUAUGCAACAGGUAUUACCCUUUGAUUUAGCCGCAACCAGUAUCAUCAUUACAUAGUGAAUUACCUCCCACGGUCAUCAUGGUUACUUUAAUUUUUUUUUUUUCACCUCAGUACACUAUAAGACAGCUAUUCGAACUAAGGUUAAGCUAAAUAAUGAUUGAGGUGCUAUGACCUUUAUACUGUACCUCAUUGGAUAUUUGAAGAUAAUAUCUACAUUAUAUUUUAUUGAGUCUGCAGUUCUGGCUCCUGGCUUAGAAUUGUUUUAACAUUUUGUAAUUUGUAAUGUACAAUAAAAGAUGUUUUGUAAAAUGAAAAUAAUGUCAUUAUUGCAUUUAAAAGGCACAUGAUGUAUUCAGCAGUGUCAGUGUAAAAUGUGGGUAACUAGUUAUAAACGAUAGAUAGUGCCACCCCCUAGGAGUAGAAAGAGGGGUAAAGGUGUGGCUGAGAUGAAUAUAUUAGUUUAGUUACUCAUCUAUUAUCUGUUAGAAUACGGCCCCAAACAUGGCCUGAGAAUUGAUUUGAAACAUCGACUAAGGUGCACCAAUGAUCAAAGUGACAAGCA